GGAAAAAUAGAAGUGUCACGAUAAGAUACCAGAAUGGAGGUGUUUAUUUAAGUGGUGUCAUGUCUCUGGUGCAUACUGGCACCAUUCUGGACGACCUGCUUAUGUUGGUGGGAGGCACAACAACACCUCAGAGAAGCCUUAAGAGGACUAAGAUAGGAGGGACAGAAAUAGCUUUUCUGAUAACUUUUGGUCACUGUAACCCAAGGAUUUGUGGUACCUCUUUCUCUUGCCUUUUGUCUUGCCCCUGAGCUGCUAUCCUGACUACAUUUCACUCUAAUCAUGAGUAAACCGGUGACUCUGGCCACCUGCAUUGCCAAGAUGUACGAAGGUGCCAAGCUGGACAACUCUGGAGCUGCAUCUGGGACACCAAAGAAGCCCAACACGACUCUUUUGGGCAGCCUGGGCCACAUUGAAGAGAAGAUAAACGUCCUGGAAGGAAGGGUUGAACAGAUCGCAAAUACACAGAGUUUAGUGCUUCAGAAAUUAGAAUCAGUGUACCAAGGAAUGGAUGCAUUGGAGAAAAACUUUGCACAAUUCAGACAAGACAAAGCUGUAGGACAAUCCUUUAUAAAACCUCCUCAUAGAGAACAAGGUGGGAAUGAUUCAGCCAUGAUUGCUGAGGUCAAAUCGCUUUGUGGAGAAACCGUAGCACUGUUAAUGAGCCUGAAACAAGAAGGCCAGCUGCAGAGAAAGAAAAUUGAGGGGAUAGAAGGCUCAGUGUCCACCCUGGAUAAAGUGCUCGGUUACGUGGGCGAAGCUUUUCGCAGCUCAAAGAUAGUGGAGUUCAUUCUCAGUGGCGUUGUACCUUGGAGGAAGCAAGGCCUUCUGGAAACAACAGAGGAUGAGAAAACUACAUCAGAUGAGGAUACCACGAAGGACAAAAGCUCUGUCUGUCACACAGGAACUCAGGCUCCAGAGGAAAUUAAUGUGCAACCUGCAGCUGUCACAAAGGAAGCUCCAGUUCCUAAAUCCCAGCGCAGGCUGAAGGAGGUGACGCUGAAGAGCAGAGAGCCGGAUCGGGUCCAGGCCUUCGCUCCUGAGAGCCCGACUGAGUCUGAAGUGCCCGAAGUGAGCAAAGAUCAUGAAGUCUUGCCUGCAGAGACCAUCUCCGUGACUGCAGCUUCUCACCUCGAGAGAAAAACCCCAGAAACAUGCAGCGCUCCUGAGCAGACGGACAUUCCUGCAGCUGAUGUCCUGCUGUCUGUGGACUCUUUAAUUAAAAAAGAGGAGCCGAAGCAGAAGACGGAAUGUGAGCAAAAAACCAAAGACGUCCCUAAAGCUGAGCCGCAUCACGCCACAAAGCCAAAUGUGCCAAUCACGGAAAACUUGGAACAGAAGGAGACAGCUGCUCUGGAAACUCCACAGUUGAGACAAGCUGAGUGUGAGCCAAAACCCGAACCAGUCACCCAGAAAACUAACACUGAGACUGCAGAUGGGGUUCCCGAAAAGCUUAAAGCACCCCAGAACAAGUCAGAGCCUUUGAACCACAUCGAAGCGGCGAGUUUUGCACCACAGAGCGAUGCUAAUUCAAAAUCUCCAGGCCUGGAUUUACAGUUUCCUAUCAUCGAUGAUUGCCCUCCUCGAUCUGCCCCAUUCGAGCAUCGCAUUGUCAGCGCCAAGCAGGUUCCCAUCGGCUCCUAUUACACAGUGGAACCCAACGAGCUGCUGGGAGGGGGGCGUUUCGGCCAGGUUCAUAAGUGUGCUGAGCUCUCUUCAGGUCUCACUCUGGCUGCCAAGAUUAUAAAAGUGAAGGGGAUGAAAGAAAGGGAGGAGGUGAAGAAUGAAAUUGGGAUGAUGAACCAGUUAAAUCAUGUAAAUCUCAUUCAGCUGUAUGAUGCAUUCGAGUCCCGGACUAAUCUCACCCUGAUAAUGGAAUAUGUGGAGGGCGGCGAGCUGUUCGACCGCAUUGUAGACGAACAUUACCAUCUGACGGAGCUGGACGCCAUUGUGUUCAUGCGGCAGAUCUGUGAGGGAGUGCAGUACCUCCAUCAGCAGUACAUCCUGCAUCUGGACCUCAAGCCUGAAAAUAUCCUGUGUGUCAGCAGUACCAGCAACCAAAUCAAGAUCAUUGAUUUUGGACUUGCUAGAAAAUAUCGACCCAGAGAGAAACUGAAGGUCAACUUUGGGACUCCUGAGUUUUUGGCACCUGAAGUGGUGAAUUAUGACUUUGUGUCAUUCCCCACAGACAUGUGGAGCAUCGGUGUCAUCACUUACAUGCUUUUAAGUGGCUUGUCACCUUUCCUGGGUGAAAACGACGCCGAGACGAUGAACAACAUCCUUCAUGCCAACUGGGACUUUGAUGCUGAGGCGUUUGAGAAUGUGUCUGAGGAAGCGAAAGACUUCAUCUCUAAAUUACUCAUCCCUGCAAAAUGCAGCCGACUGAGUGCCUCAGGUUGUAUGAAACACAGCUGGCUGAAUAAUCUGGAGGAAAAAGCAAAGCAGCACCGAGUCCGUCUCAAAUCCCAGAUGAGACUACAGCGUUACCUAGCAGCUCACCGACAGUGGAAGAAACACUUCUACGCAGUGACGGCAGCCAACCGGCUCAAGAGGUUCCAGCAGAACAGAUCCAUCAGCACGCUGUGAUUCUGACCGAAAUCCAGCACUGAGGAGGAAAAGAUGGACCUUCCUUUCUUCUUCACACUCAUAUCAGCUUCGCUGAGCUUCCACUCCAGUGGGAAAGUGUGUGAAGAUGACGGGGCAGUGAACAUGGCACCAUGUGGAGUGUUUAUUUUAUUCUAUUUUUAUUUUACUUAGUCAAAGGAACAGCAGCUGAUUGAGUAAUGACUUUUUGCCGUAGCGAAUGUUUCAGUGCUCACUUUAUGUACGAGUUGUUUGACGUACUGUUUUAAACACAACCCCAAAUAACUGCCACUGAUUUCUCGGCCAUGAGUGUGAAAUCAUAUCGCUGCUGGACUGUACAGAUCACACACACACGUAAAACUAAUUCUCCCUUCUGUGAAGGUAUUUUUUUUCCUUGUUCUGAUAUUCAACAUUUGCCUCUUUUACCUCGUCGUGGUUUAAAACUCAUUUACCAGCCAAGAUGGGUUUGUUUUUUUUCCUGCUUCUUGCCUCUUGUGAUGCACUUGUUUAGUUAUGCAAUAAACUCCUGUAGACACUUCUGGCACAAGGAGUUGCUAUGGGAAAUGUUUUCCUGAAGUAAA